GAAUUAUCUAUUCUAAAUAAUCCAGAAUUUCUCACUUUUUCUUUCAGUUUUUACCUUAUAUCAACUUGGGUCUCUUUGAAUUUUCAACUCUGGGCAUCAAGUAUCAAUCUUUUGUUCUUUUUGGAUGCUUGUCGAGUUAGUUGAAGUCUAAGCAUGUGAAAACCAGCAUCUUUCUGCAAAAUUUCCCCUUGUUUUCUUGUUUCGGAUCUGGUUUUAAAGUGGUGGAGAGGGAUCCAUGUCGACUAUUAAUUCGAGUGCUGCUUGGAAAGCAGUAGAUUCAGUUCCGGAUCAGUUCCCUGCUGGUCUGCGUGUACUUGUUGUUGAUGAUGAUCCAACGUGUCUCAUAAUCUUGGAAAAGAUGCUAAGAACUUGUUCAUACGAAGUUACCAAGUGCAGUCGAGCAGAGACGGCAUUGUCGAUCCUUCGCGAGAACAAAAACGGGAUCGAUAUCGUUAUCAGCGAUGUUCAUAUGCCGGACAUGGACGGAUUCAAACUGCUUGAGCAUAUUGGUUUGGAGAUGGAUCUCCCUGUCAUCAUGAUGUCGGCAGAUGAUGGAAAACAUGUUGUUAUGAAGGGUGUUACACACGGUGCCUGUGAUUACCUAAUCAAACCAGUUCAUAUCAAGGCGCUGAAGAACAUAUGGCAGCAUGUCGUUCGGAAGAAGAAGAACGGGUGGAAGGACUUGGAGCAGUCGGGAUGUGUAGAAGAAGGAGAUCGGCAGCAAAAACAAUCUGAAGAGGCAGAUUACUCAUCCUCAGCUAAUGAAGGAAAUUGGAAAAGCUCGAAAAAGAGGAAGGAUAACGAGGAUGAAACCGAUGAUAGAGAUGAUACAUCCUCACUAAAGAAGCCGAGGGUUGUCUGGUCCGUUGAGCUCCAUCAACAGUUUGUUGCAGCAGUUAAUCAACUAGACAUUGACAAGGCUGUCCCGAAGAAAAUUUUGGAGUUGAUGAAUGCUCCCGGCCUUACCAGAGAAAAUGUUGCCAGCCAUCUUCAGAAAUUUCGCUUGUAUCUUAGAAGGCUGAGUGGGGUAUCACCGCACUCGAGUAAUCUGAAUGCUUCUUUUAUGAAUCCCCAAGGAGAAACUUUUGGUCCUCUAUCAUCAGUUAACGGGCUUGAUCUUCAAGCUCUUGCUGCCGGUGGUCAACUUCCUGCACAAUGUCUCGCCACACUCCAAGCUGCUGCCCUUGGUCAGUCAACCGCUAAAUCGAACAUACCUAUGCCCCUUGUUGAUCAAAGAAACGUUUUUAGCUUUGAUAAUCCAAAGUUAAGAUUUAGAGAAGGGGAGCAACAACUUAUGAAUAAUACUAAGCAAAUAAAUUUACUUCAUGGAAUUCCGACGACUAUGGGGCCGAAGCAGCUUACCACUUCACAAUCAAUAGGAAACAUAAAUAUGCAAGUAGCUUCCUAUGGUGUUCUAAGUAGCCAAAGUAACUCGUCAUUGAUAAAUAUGCAAGUCGCUUCCCAUGGUGUGCAAAGUAGCCAAAAUAAUUCAUUAUUGAUGCCGAUGGGUCAGCCACAGUUUGCUCAUGCUCCCAGACUUCCGUUAUCCAUGGGGCAGCCUAUGAUAUCAAAUGGAAUUGCUGCCAAUGUCUCCACACAAAAUGGUAUUCGAGAAAGUAUCCGAGCCCCUGGUUAUAAUCCAGUUCCGCAGACCACUUCGAUGUUGAAUUUCCCCGUGAAUCAUGCUUCAGAACUACCUGGUAAUGGUUUCCCCCUUGGAAGUGCACCGGGGAUGUCUGGUCGCAUAUCGAAAGGGACUUUUCAGGAAGAUUUUAUCUCGGAGAUUAAAGGAUCAGUGGGAAUCAUGCCAAGUUAUGACAUAUUUGAUGACUUGAAUCAACAUAAACCCCAAAACUGGGAGCUACGGAAUGCAGGUAUGACAUUUGACGACCCUCAGCAUUCAAACUCUCUACAAGGCAACCUUGAUCUUUCGCAAUCGAUUUUAGUUCAACAAGGGUUUUCUUCGGGCCAAAUGAACGGACAAAACCAGAGUGCAGCCGUUGUAAGCAAGGCAAUGUUCUCAGCAGGAGAUGGCACGGAGCCAGGGAAUCCAUUAAACUUCAAUCAGGAACUCAACUCCCUUCCCAUUGACAACACAGUUCGGGUCAAGACCGAGAGUGUUGCAGAUGUAAACCCUGACAAUCUAUUCAUCAGUCAUUUUGGACAAGAAGAUCUCAUGAGUGCUCUUCUGACGCAGCAGCAACAAGGCAUUGCGCGAGCUGAAAAUGAAUUCGACUUCGAUGGGUAUUCCCUGGACAAUAUUCCGGCGUAGACAACCUCCCAUCAUUCGCCAGUUCUUGCCAUUAUAAUUGCAUUUUAUGUACAUAUUAUCUUUUGCAACCAAUCAUCGGGACCUCAAGAUCAUGUUUCUUCAGGAAACCCGAUUUGCUGCCUUCCGUGAAGGCAAGAACCGCAAGUUCCUUUAUAAGUAUCAUGUGCUGCAAGUUUCUUUUCAACAUAGCAGGACCAGAUGAUCGGAUAAUCAGAACGGACGAGUCGCCAUUGGAAGAUAACUGCGGAGAAUUCCAUUCGAAAAAUGUUAUUGUUUGUUAGCAAAAUCCAUCGUGACCAACUAACUUGGGGUGAUCGCUGACUUUUUACAGCAGCAUUCCGAGUUGUGGAGGAUUGUUUCUAAACAUCAGCAGGCAUUGGAGGCUUUCUAAAUCCAAUAAACGGAAGAUAUUUGCUCUUCUAUUUAUUUUGGAAUUGAUUUGUGAU